AUGCCUCUCCAGAUUCCCAUUGACGCGAUUACCUCGCGAUUCGGUGAUCGCUUCAACAGUGUCCGCUCCCAAUCCUUCGGCACGCGCUUUGCCAAUCUGCGACCGGUUUCCGAGUUCUUGGACAUCAAGCGCGUGUCGAAGCCCGCCAACUUCGGCGAGGUCCAGAGCCGCGUGAACUACAACCUGUCCUACUUCUCUAGCAACUAUGCCGCCGUCUUUGUGAUGCUCAGCAUCUACAGCUUGCUGACCAACCCACUUCUGCUCUUUGUCAUCAUCCUAGUCACCGGUGGUCUCUACGGAAUUGGGAAGCUGCAGGGUCACGACUUGGAACUGGGCUUUGCUCGAUUUAACACCUCCCAGCUGUAUACCGGACUGCUGAUCGUCGCGGUGCCUCUGGGAUUCUGGGCCUCGCCCAUUAGCACUGUGCUCUGGUUGAUCGGAGCCACCGGUGUGACCGUUUUCGGCCACGCUGCUUUUGUGGAUAAACCAAUCGAGAAUGCUUUUUCCGAGGAGGCGGUCUAG